AUGACUUCGUUAGCAGUUUUACCUCCCCUUCAGAAGUCCGUAUCUGAUCUUAUGGAGGAUGACUUGUAUCAGCCAUCAUCAGCAACAAACGCUCAAGCUGGAAAUUCUCCCUCAUUGAAUGCUCAAAAUCAGCCCUCUGCCACACAGACCUUGUCAAAUUUGCUUAACAUCCCUGAAUCAUUUGUGGAGCACUACAAUCGCGUGAAUGGUUCCAACCAGCAGGUGAACUCGACGGUGCCCAGUCUAUUUCUUGACUCAAGUAAUGACUACUCGAACUUUGAAAGCAUGAACACUAAUCCUGGUAUGACUGAUUCGCUGCUACCUGACUCUGCUCAACCAAACCCCGCUCCUCAACAGCAGAAUUACAUUAGACCAGAGGUGCUUCAGAGGAACCACUUCAAUAGAAGAAGACGCAUCACCACGUUAGAGCAGCCGGAUAUCGGCAAUGGAAAGAAGUAUAAUGACGAGGAGCUUUAUUUAUUCAACACAGACAUCCGGCCGUCGACGCUAAUGAACAACAAUGGCUCCUUCUAUCCAAACUCCGCUGACGAAUCCUUUUUCAUCAUGGAUAGCGACCUAGAUAAAUCGUCUCACUUGGGCACAGGGCCCGCCAGUGUUCCUGUUCCAGGGUUUGAGAGCGACUACGUGAUGAUGGACAACCUCGCUGAGGAAUCCGAUUUCAGUGACGACUCUGAUGACGAAGAUGACGAUAACUACUUCCAAGAUGAUGACUUUGACGAAAUGAUGGACUCUGCUGCUCCCCCCUCGCAUCAGUUCCCCUCCCCUGCCGGCUUUGCCCCAUUUGCAUCUCCUCUUGACCAACCGGUCCAGGAGCUUCCACAGUUAGGUGGGUUUAUGGAAAACCUCCAUAGAGCGCCUACUACCGAGAGCAUGGAUUAUGGAAGUCAUGAGGUCGACUUCAAUCAGGAUACUGGCAAUGAUGUCAUGGUUCAAGAUCUACAGAGCAGCAACCAGCUAGACCUAUUUAAGAGAGAGGAUGAGCCUAGAACCAUGCCUCCUCCUCAGACACAUCCCCACCACACUACAGCUGCAGAGAUCUCCGCCAACAAUCCAACGCAUGAGUGCACGUUGAUAAAUCCAUCCACAGGAAGCCCUUGUCACAAGCAUUUUAGCCGGCCUUACGAUUUAAUAAGACAUCAGGAAACCAUCCACGCUGCCAGGAAGAAGAUAUACCGCUGUGUUAUUUGCGAAGGCAGGGAGAAUGGUGGCCCGGGCAAUGGGAAGUCAAAGACAUUCUCCAGAGGUGAUGCCUUGUCCAGGCACAUCAAAGUCAAGCAUGGGAUCAGCGGCAGGGACGCUGCCGACUUGAUCAAUGAAGCCAAGGAGAAUGUGGAAUAUUUAAGUGUGUGCUGA